AAUUCUUGAUCAGCAAUGAUAGAUAUUUCCACUUCAUUUCGACCAAUUGACGAAUUUCAACUGUGACAGAAAUCUCAUGUCAGUAAGUUUGCACCACACUAUCUAUGUGGCACUUUACAUUCAUCAAAAUCGUUUAAAAGUCAUUUAUACGAAGAUAUUUAUCUAAAAUUGCUUUUAGUGUAUAUCGUCGCAAAACAAUCACAUUUUUGAGUUUGUCCCCGAACCUUCACUAUCACGUGAAGUGCAAUGAACCACCUUCAUGAUAUUGACACAUCCGAAUGCAACUGAACGUGGUGUUUUGACUUACUGUCACUUCUGGAAAUGACCUCGAAUUUCCACAACAUAUUUUUUCGCUGAAUUGCUGAAUUCUAUACCAGGUCAUUAAAUCAGGCAGAUUCUCAUUUGUCCACAGUUAAAGUGAUGGGAGAUGUAAGACGUCAUCGUGAAAGUGAAAUUUUUCGGAAAUUCGAAGAAUUGGCGAGAGAGAAUAAUGUGCAGCGACUGGAUGAAGAUUUCCUAAGGAGAUUCUUGGUUGGUCAUCAGUACGAUUUAUUUCAGGCUUUGAAAGCUCUGAAGAAUUUCGAAAGUUUCAUCAACAGAAGGCGACAUAAAUGGUUGAGGCACAGAAAAUCCCGACUAGAAACAAUCCUUGGAUCCCAAAUUGUGGACGUUUUAGACGAACCUGGUCUGCAAGAACAAAAAGUAGUUUGGAUACGCAUUGAAAAGUGGGACCCACAGCAAAUCGCAGUAGAUGAAAUAUUGGAGGUUGCAGGUCUGUUAUGCGAGCUGGUCUAUGCAAGAACGAAGGAGAUAAAGUCUAUCGACGUAAUUGUCGAUUUGAAUAAUUUUUCUUUGAAGCAUCUUUACGGGUUGUCUCCAAAAUUCGCGAAAAGGAUGGUAUUUUUCAUGUCGGAAUGCCUUCCUAUGAGGCUCUUACACGUCUACGUGGUGAGACAACCAAAAAUGUUCCACCUUGUAUAUUCCUUGUUCAAACCUUUCAUUGAAGAAAGAAUGAGGAAGUUGAUAACUAUUUGUGGACACAAUUAUGAACUAAUGACAGCCACAAUCGGAAGGGAUGUCUUACCCCCAGAACUUGAAGGAACGAGCGACAGUUUAGCGUACGACAGAUGGUUGACAGUUUUAUAUACGAAAAAAACACAAAAAGAAUUAGCUAUUUGUGGAUACGAGUUUUACUAAAGCAAAUGGGUGGAAGAAUAGGAAACUUUUUAUUUGUGAGUGGAAAAUUCAUGAAUAAUUAAUGAAAUUGUAAGCGAAUUAAAUUACCGAUAACGGCAAA